CCUCCGGGAAGGCACUCCUCCCGCCCCUCCUCUGCCACCCCGCCCCGCAUGGAGCCCGCUGCGGAGGCGGAGGCAAAAGCGGACCGCCGCCCCCUUUGUAAACUACAGCUGGACGGGAAGACCCGGCCCCAUCACGCUGCAACCCAAUGCAAAGGCUUUCUCCACCGAUUGCAUCAGAGAAAGGGCGUGGGGAGGGGGCGUACGGGCGGCACUAGAUCUAUCCCUCCUUUGCAACACAAAGGGUCUGUCUGCAGCCUCCCCCUUCUUUUGCCCCAUCGCGUUUCGAAGAGUUGGGGGUGGAAAUCCUCCUCCAGCCCAUUCAACCUCCCUAGACUACCCAUCCCGCAAGAAGGCGAAUAAAGGCUUCCUUCUCUCUCAUCAUCCCGAGUGGGGUGAGAAUGGGUGGGAUUGAGCCAUAAUUCUUUCCCCCCAUCGGGCAAACCGAGAAAGGCCAAGAAGCAUCGAACUUCUCUCUCCCCGAACCAGCCCCGGCGCUACUGCAACCCCCGGACGAAGGACGGACAGCCUUCAGGUCAUCCCUGCAACGCGGCUAUGCAGAGUCACAUUUCCAGGCUGACCAGGGUGGUCGGAGCCCGGCCCGGCCCCAGCUCUUUAAGGCUCAGCAGGCAGCUCUCCGCCCUUCCCCAUCUUUGCAGAUGAUUCAUUUCGGGGAGGCGAUCUCUGUGACUUUGCUGGAGUAGGGGGUGGUUGAAGAAGCAGCAGCACGUCCUUAUCCCCACAUUCCACAGACGGCGGAGAAACACAAGGCAGCUAACCUCGGCGCUGCCGAAGGAGCCACGAGAUGCGGGCCAGAGCAAAGGUUCCCGUUCCUCCUGCAGGUGGGCAUCGGUGAUUUUGCAGGAACAGGAAUUCUAUUUGGCCAGUGCUGUAGAAUGGAUGUUGUCAGCCCGAACAUCUCUGCAAAUCAGUGUUAAUGGCUCAUAAGUACAGACCAAGCUGAUCUUUGUUGAAAGACAAGCCUUGCAGAGAUGCCUAGUACAGAGAAUACUAGUGGAACAGAAGAGCCUGUGUUAAGGGAGAACAAGGGUGGGACACAAAGCCCUCAAUGCAAUUCCUUACGCAGAGCUGUAGCUGCUGCGGUGGCCUUUGAUGGAGAGAUGACUACAGAGAGAAGGAAGAAAAGAAAGAAGGAACCCCGCCCAGAAUCGAUAAUCGUGUAUCGGUCAGGAAAUGAGAACAAGGUGGUGGAAGAAGAACAAGUGGAUGAAGAGGGGGGUGAGAAAAGUUCAGAGGAAGGCUCCAAGUUCUUGGGACACUCUAUAGAUGGUUCUUGGACUAUGCCCUUAGAUAGCAGAUAUGUGACUUUAACUGGAACCAUCACAAGAGGAAAGAAAAAAGGCCAGAUGGUGGACAUUCAUGUUACACUAACUGACAAAGAGCUGCAAGAGCUGGCUAAGUCGAAAGAGCCUCUCAAAACUGAAAUGCCUGAAGGGAAAAAAGCUUGUGAUGUCGGGCUGGCUAAGGGCCCCCAUGUCCUUCUCUGGAGCCUUGUCUGCCUUCCUGUCAUCUUCAUGAUGUCCUUUGUGGUUUCUUUUUACUAUGGAACCAUCACCUGGUACAACGUCUUCUUAGUGUACAAUGAAGAGAGGACCUUCUGGCACAAGAUCACCUUCUGUCCCUUUCUAAUCAUCUUCUACCCCAUCAUAAUUAUGGUUGUUUCCUGCUCCCUGGGCCUCUACACAGCAGUGACUCAGAUCUCAUGGGCCUUUGGGGAUUGGUGGCAUGCUGUGCGAGAUAUGGAAAAGGGGUUCUGUGGCUGGCUUUGUAGCAAGAUGGGCCUAGAAGACUGUUCUCCAUACAGCAUUGUUGAGCUGUUAGAUUCUGACAAUGUCUCAGGUAGCCUGUCUGCUAAAGGCUCAGCACAAGAAGAGGUUUCAGCUGUCUGAGCCUUUGUUCUAAAGGCUCUGGAUUUUUUUAUGUUCACAGGUGUUACAUAUGCCUAGAGUGGCUAAAACAGGCAUGCACAUGCACAGUAUUGGCUAAUAAAGCCCCGGAAACUUAUUCAAACAAUCAGGAAGAAAAACAAACAUGGCACAGUCCUACUAGAGUAUGGAAGGGUAAGGAAACUGAAUUCUUACCCUGUCAGAAACUACCUUAUUCAGAAAGCUAGCAUGUGCAGGAAUUAGAAUUCUUAUCUAGUUAUAUUCAUGAUUUAUCAGUCUCCAACAUGCAAAAGGAGAAGAGCUGAUUCAGUAGAAUAUUCAGAAGUGGUUCUGCCUACCUCCAUUCCAAUAUGCUUGGGAGGACUGUGCUGCAAGCUUUCUGUGAAUGUUUGACCCAUCUUAGGGCCAAUUUAUACCACUUAGGGCUGCAGGCUGGAGUGCUGCAAAUUUGAAUAUACUCCCACAAAAUAUCCUUCUGCAUAUAAAAAACAGUAGGUGACUAAGAAGUUCAGGGCUCUCUGAUGUGCAGAGGUGGUGGUUUUUUAAGUAGGGUUUUGGUGUAUAUGUGGGAGAGAGGGGGUUCGUGUGAGAGCAGAGCUUCCCAUCCUGCAAGCCCUGCUCACAGCCAGACAUGGUACAGUCCAGGAAAAGCCUUUCUACUUGUUUUCACUGAUGGUGCAGAUAAGACCUUUGAGUAAUCUUGCUGGGUAAGAAUCUCUCCAUUCUUAUGGCUGGCUCAUAAUACCGCUGGCCUGGUCAAUGUUUCUUGUUGGGUUUUAAACAUUCUUUUAAUUUAAUUGAUUGACUGAGAGUGGAACAGAAAGAAGAUUGGUGCCAAAAGGGUCCUGCCAACUUGAACAUGCAGUUUUUGCCUGGUUCCUUUAGUCAAUGGCUGCUUCUUUCCUGUGCUUGAAACACAGGCGCUGCCAAGGAUAAUAGCUGCAAUCUGAAAAUGUGUUUGCUUGCUGUGCAUUCAGAUCUGUGCCACUUAUUUGUGGAAAGCUGUACAGUAGGCUACAAGCCUGUGAUGAGGUACGUGUUGUCUUAGUGAUGUCCUUAGAAUGGCCCCUUAGAGCAGGAGUGGGCAAUCUGGGUGCUCAAGCCAUGUCAGACCCUGUUCCUAUUCCAUUUAGCAGUUUACAGUUUACGAGUAGUCCUAAUUUCUACUAUUUAAUUCACUCCACAUUUCCAUUGUUGUAACAUUGAUUUAAAGGGUCAGUUACCUGGGUUAAUACUUGUGAAACAGCCAGGCUGAACAGGGAGGAAAUGUGCUGGACGGAAAUCACUAAAUUGCACUUGUGAAUAAAGUAUAUGUUCAUUUAAGUCACUAGCACAAGCCUUGCACAGCCUAUAUGUGGGGGGUGGGGGGGUGGGGCAAGGCUGAGGACUGAUAGCACUAAAUCAGACAAUAGUGUGUUCUGUCGUUCUAUAUAAAGUGGACAAAUGUCUUAAUAUUUGCAGUUGGCACUGACUGAGCAUCUAUACAGAUCAUUUUCCCCUGCUUGGAAAUGCAUUAUUGAACCUGCUUCUGUUCUUGCUUUACAGUUAGCUGCAGAUUUCUGUAAAGCGAACAAAGCUGGUCCUAAAAGCUGGUGCUAUUUGUAUUUGCCUUUAGUAUGCCUUUCUAAACUCUCCUCUUUCUCUUCUGCAGCUUUAGUUGCCUAAUGCUGAAAAGUGUCUGUAAAGCUUAUUCACUUUGCUAAAAGCCAUGAUGUAGUUGAAAAGCACAAUGUUCUUUCCUUCCUCCACUCACAAAGCGUUGAUUGUGUGCCAUUGGGUGCACACAAGUGUACCUUUAUUUGUUUGGUUAGAUCACUCUGGAUGCCCAUGCUUUUUAAACAACCAAUUUUCUUAGGGGGAAAAAAUGGUUACAUGAGUUUUGCUUCAGAAGCCAGCCCAGAAUGCUGCUUGAUGGGUACCCGCAGCAGUUUCGGCCAUGUUUAAAAAACUGAUUUUGCCUUCUGAAAAAAAAUGAAGGGAUUAAUAAAUAAACAUAUGUAGUGAAAUGCUUUUAUUCAGCAAAAAGAUGGAUGGCUUGUCUGAAGCCUCAUGAGAGGAGCCAGAUACAUAGCUGAACUAGCAUGUGAUUCACUGGUGUAUAUGUCUAUCAUUUGCAAAGAUGAGAGGAAGGAAGGCUCACCAUGCAAGAGAAAAAAAAUCCACUUCAACUCCUACGUUAAUGUUACGCCUGUACGCACCCACUGUUCUUCCUGGAAUUUCCCAAAGAGGAUUAGUAGCUUAGUAUGUUCUAGUUACUCACAUGUUGACCGUGGCAGAUUUAUGGAGGAAUUUUCUCUUAUUUAUUUGAUUCCUGUUUCCUCAUCCUUCUUCUCUAGUCUCCAAGUGAAGUUGUACCAUUGUUCUUCUUUGCUUGAAUUGCAUUAAAGUCCUACUCUGUGCUGUG